AUGGAAAAGGAAGGUCAAGUUAUCCUGGCAACUGCUUUAGUUUUGGUUAAAGAUUCAUCAGGAGACAAGAAGAUCGUGGACAUCGUAGGAAUUGGUACAACAGAAACAAAAACAAAACAUCAAACACAAACUACGAUUCGAUCAAGAUAUUCCAAUUUUGAAAUUUCCUUGGAGUUUUUAGUAGCCCCAUCUAUUACGGGAUAUCAGCCUGAAGCAGCACUUAAUGUUAGUGGUUGGAAUAUUCCGAUUAGUUCUGAACUAGCAGAUGAGAGUUUCAACCGACCUGGUCAAAUAGAUUUGUUGUUAGGGGCAGAAGCAUUUUUCGAGUUGCUCGAAUCAGGUCAAGUUAAAUUGGAAAGUCAUGCUUCGUCAAUUCAAAAGAUAGAACUAGAAGAGAUUCAGUAUCUUAAAUGCAAAUGGUCAGAGGAGCAAAUUGAAUGUGAAAAUCAUUUCAUAAAAACAGUAGAGGUUCUUCCAAGUGGUCGUCUUAUGGUCCAAUUGCCUUUGAAGAAAGAUCCUUCUUGUCUUGGAGCUUCUUAUGACAUAGCAUUUCGAAGGUUUUUAUCUCUGGAGCGCAGAUUAUCUAAAAAUAUUGCUUUGAGAACACAAUAUGUAGAUUUCAUGAAAGAAUAUGAAGCUUUAGGUCAUAUUUCGCUGGUAACUAAUCCAAAUCUUGAGCAAACUCAUUAUUAUUUGCCACAUCAAUGUGUAGUACGUCCCGAUAGCGUUUCUACAAAAUUACGCGUAGUCUUCGACGCGUCUUGUCGCACUUCUUCGCAAAUUUCCUUAAACGGAAUCCUUAUGGUUGGCCCUACAAUACAGGACGAACUUCUCAUAACAUUGCUUCGCUUUCGACUAUAUAGAUAUGCCUUGACUGCAGACAUCGUCAAAAUGUAUCGACAAGUCUUGGUACAUCCAUCGCAAAGAAGUUUGCAGUAUAUUUUGUGGAGAGAGAAUUCACAAACUCCAGUUAAAACUUAUCAAUUAAACACCAUCACAUAUGGUACUUCAUCGGCUCCGUUCCUGGCAAUUCGUUGUCUUCAAUCCUUGGCAGAUACAAAUCAAGACCGCUUCAGUUUAGGUGCUUCAUGUCUUAGCAACGACUUUUAUGUGGACGACAUGCUAACUGGGGCAGACGAUUUAGAAACGUUAACUCGCAAAAGGAACGAAGUAGUUUCCAUCCUGAAUUCUGCUGGGUUAGAGCUGUCGAAAUGGAAUAGCAAUCAUUUUUCUUUGAUUCAAGAAGCUACAAGAAAAGAAAUUAAGCUUACCGAAUCAAAUUUAACUAGUACUUUGGGUAUAGCUUGGAAUCCUAGUACGGACCAAUUUAGUUUUUCGUAUAAACCCAACCAUACCUAUACAAAGUAUACCAAGAGAUCAAUUCUUUCACUGUCAUCUUCACUCUUUGAUCCAAUGGGUUUGCUAAGUCCCAUCAUAAUCCGAGCAAAAAUAGUUCUCCAGCAGCUUUGGAUAGAAAAGCUGGAUUGGGAUGAAUCCAUUCCAGAAGCAAUUGAAGCAGAGUGGCGUCAAUUCAUCACUGAUCUUCACUCACUCCAAAAUUUGGAUAUUCCUCGAUAUGUUUUUCUUGAAAACAAAAUAAGUUGUGAAGUCCAUGGUUUUGCAGACGCGUCAAUGAAGGCUUAUGGAUGCUGUAUAUAUUUGCGAAGUUUAGAUUCCUUUGGGUCAGUUAAUGUGAAGCUGUUAGUCGCAAAGUCUCGAGUUGCACCCGCAAAAAAGAGACAACUUCCUAGACUCGAACUUUGCGCAGCACACCUUCUAGCCAAACUCUGGGUCAAAAUUCAAAAAAUUGUAGAUUCAAACUACUCGAAGGCGUAUUUCUGGACUGAUUCGACAAUUGUGUUGCAUUGGAUUUCUACUCAUUCGUCGAAACUGAAUACGUUUGUUGGAAAUCGAGUUGCAGAAAUCCAGGAUACGACAAAAGAGGUCGUUUGGAGACACGUCCCAACACACGAAAAUCCGGCAGAUGUGGUUUCGCGAGGAUGCACGGUAGAUGAGAUUAAAAAUUCCCUUUGGUUUGAAGGUCCAUCAUUUCUGGUGAACGAAGAAGAAGAAUGGCCAUCCACAGCAGAAAUCCAUCUUUCUCCAGAAGAAACUUCAUUACAAAAGAGACAAACGGUUCUAAGUUGUCAACAGCUCGAACCAAGCUACUAUUUAGAUCUUAUAGAAAGAAUGAGCUCGUAUACAAAAUUGAUACGAAUCUUCGCAUAUGUCAAAAGGUAUCUCAACCUACGAGUAUGGGCGAUACCAUUUCCAAAUGAGUAUCUAACAGCUUACGAGCUAGAAAAUUCGCUAAAAAUCAUCGUUUAUAUAACUCAAAAGAAGUACUUUUCGGAAGAAAUCGAAGCAAUUAUUAAAAACAAAUCACUUAAAGGUUCUAUAAAGGCUCUAAGUCCGUUUAUCGAGGUUGAUGAUUUCAGUGGGAUUCGUUUGUUAAGAGUCGGAGGCCGAUUGAAGCAUGCAAACAUCCCAGAGGAAAGCAAGCAUCCACUUUUACUGCCAAAAGAUUGCAGUUUCACCAAAACUCUCGUCAGACAUCUUCACCUUUCAAAUUACCAUGCUGGUCCAAAGGCUCUUGUAGCGCUGACGAGACAAACAUUUUGGAUUGUCAAUGCUCGUGAGGUAGCAAGAUGGGUAGUUCGAAAAUGCCCACACUGUGCCAGAUACAGGCCAAAGUUGUUCGAGCAGGUAAUGGGAGAUUUGCCUGCUGCUAGAUUGACCCAAUCUCGCCCAUUUUUAUGUUGCGGAGUGGACUUUUGUGGUCCAAUAUACACUUAUUACAAAAUUCGUGGCAAGGUGCCAUACAAAACAUAUGUAGCUGUCUUUGUUUGUUUUUCAUCGAAAGCAGUCCAUUUAGAAGCUGUGUCUGAUCUUUCAGCUGAUGCCUUUAUAGCAGCCUUAAAAAGGAUGAUAGGUCGUAGAGGUCUCCCAAAAACCAUCCAUUGUGAUAAUGCGACAAAUUUUGUUGGCGCACAGUCAAAACUUAAAGAACUGCGUGAUAUGUUGUUCAAACGUUCUAACCAAGAAACUAUAGUUAAUUUUUGUACUAAUGCUUCCAUAAAUUUUCAUUUUAUGCCCCCCAGGGCACCUAAUUUCGGUGGAAUUUGGGAAGCGGCCGUAAAAGUAGCAAAAGGCCAUCUUUAUCGCAGUCUUGGCGGUGCAAAACUGAACUUUGAAGAGCUGACAACGGCACUGGUAGAGAUCGAGGCCAUAAUGAACUCCAGGCCAAUUACUCCAAUGUCUCCUGAUCCCAACGACCUAGAAGCCUUAACGCCAGCCCAUUUUCUCAUCGGGUCAUCCCUAAGAGCGAUUCCGGAAAUAGGCCUAGAAGUUUCCGACAUAAGUUAUCUGGAACGAUGGCGUCGAAUCAAUGCCGUCAAAACCCACUUCUGGAAGCGGUGGUCAUCAGAAUACGUUCUAGAACUCCAGAAUCGUGCCAAAUGGACUACUUCAAGGCCAAACAUCGAAGUUGGUAGUCUCGUCAUCAUCCAUGAAGACAAUUUGCCACCCCAAAAGUGGCUCUUGGGAAAAGUCGUCAACAUUAUCGAGGGUCCUGAUGGUCGUAUACGAGUCGCCGAUAUCAAAACGUCACGAGGAGAAUUUCGAAGGCCAAUUCGAAAACUAGCAGCGAUACCGUGUUGA